AUGCAGACUGCUUCUACAAACAUUUGUGAAAGACUGUGCAAUAAGUCCAUCUGUGAAAUUUCCUUGCUACUAAAUCUUCCACGAUCAACUGUUAAUGGUAUAACAAAGUGGAAGCAACUGAGAUCAACAGCAACUCAGCCACCAAGUGGUAGGCCAAGUAAAAUGACAGAGCGGGGUCAGCGUAUGCUGAAACGCAGAGAAGUCGCUAAUUGUCUGCAGAGUCAAUAGCUAAAGACCUCCAAACUUCGUGUGGCCUUCAGGUUACCACAACAACAGUGAGUAGAGAGCUUCAAGGAAUGUAUUUCCAUGGCCAGGCAGCUGCAUCCAAGCCUUACAUCACUAAGUGCAAUGCAAAAUGUUGGAUGCCGUGGUGUAAAGCACGCCGGACUCUAG